AUGACUGAUAUAAAAAUACCUUUUGGUUGGAACUCUUACUAAACUUGUUCUACAUAGAAGUGUUCCAAUGCUUAUAUCUCUGAACAAGGAGUGUCUUAUUGGAAUGAUUCUAAUAUUAUCAUAAGCCUUUUCUUCUAUGUUGCUGUUGCUGGAGCAUAUGAUAUUUCUCUUUUGUCUACUGUGGUGGAGAGAUCAGCAGAACUUUAAGUUAGUAUACCCUCUAUCUCCUACAAUUACCUUGCAAGAUUUGAUGCUGAUAGCUUGAAUCUGUCUCUUGGUACCAUCUAAAUUUAAAACCCAGGUUAUUUGUAAGUAAAUUUUAGAGGUACUAAUUCUUUGUUAAAUAAACAAACUGGUUAUUAUCCUUAAUUAAACUAUUUAAUUAUCUCAAAUUCUCAAAAUGAAAAUGAAUUUUAUUAUGUCAUGGAGUCUUUCUCAUCGAGUUAUGGUAGAAGAGGUCCUUCAGUACAUAUGACAUACAAUCUAGAAUCUGAUCAAAAUAUCCAGCAAUUCUUCAAUGAAGUUAAUGUUCCUAAAUACUGGGAUGCAGUAGGUACUUAUGCGAUGGUAAUAGGCUUUGAUUACGGAUAUUUUGGAAUGCAAGUGAACUCUGAAUCUGAAAGAAAAAUUCUAUUUUCUGUAUGGAGUCCAUAGUCAACUGAUGAUUCAUCUUAAAUAUUACCUGAAAAUGCUGUAAUUUUAGAUUCUAAAGGUAAAAACACUGUUAUUACCUCUUUUGGAGGUGAAGGUUCUGGUGGACAGAGCUAUCUAGUUUAUCCUUGGGUUGCAGGUGUUUCAUAUUAAUUCAAACUUGUUGGUUAGCCUUCUACCAACGGUUACUCAGUAUUUAGUGCUUAUUUUAAGGAUCCUACAAAAUCCUAAGAUUAUAUUUUAAUUGCUUCAUGGAAAAGGCCAAAAACAUAAUCAUACUUAAGUGGUUUACACUCAUUUUUAGAAAAUUUUAAUCCAGAAAAAGGAAAUAUUUCAAGAAAAGUAUACUAUAAUAACUAAAAGGCAAUUGAUUACACAGGCUAAGAAGUCAAAGUAUUAUCAGCUUACUUUACUUAUGAUAAUACAGCUGAUUAAAAACAGAGACUAGAUUAUGAUGGUGGUGUAAAUAAUGCAAAGGGAUACUACCUAAGAAAUUGCGGUUUUUUUAAUAAGACUAAUGUUUAGUAAGGGGACACUUUCACAAAAAAUUAAUGA